AUGAUACUGGACGAUGACCAUGCCGGCGUGUUUUCAUUCGAAAAGGACAAGUACGAAGUAACUGAGUCAGACGGCUCUGUGAGCAUCAAGGUGGUCAGAACGUCGGGUGCCAGAGGACGCGUGCUGAUUCCUUACAAGACAGUGGAAGGCACGGCUAAAGGCGGUUCAGACUUCGAGGUCAAAUCUGGAGAUUUGAUUUUCGAGGAUGAGGAAAUCGAUAAGCUGAUUACCAUCGGCAUUUUCAAUGACUCUGAGUACGAGAAAACAAAGGUAUUCUACGUGGAACUUGGAGAUCCUACGUUGUUGUCCAACCAUCGGCCUAUGUUUCCUGUGAAACUACUUCUUGGGUCAGAGUUCAUGUUUGUUGCGGUCAGUUUCACGUCGUUCACAUUUCACACCAUUCAAAUACUGCAUGAACACCUUGGCGUUGCCGACAUCACAGAAGAUGAAGAGGAGAUCGAGAAGCAAGGGAUGCCAAAAUUAGGAACUUGGAAAAUAUGCACCGUUCGUAUAGAGGAAAGCUACGAAUUCAAGGUACUCCAAUGGUCGUCAGUAACUCAAUCAUUAAUUUGUCUAGAAUUGUUCCAUAUCGCCACGAAACAAUUUUUGAGGUAAAU